AUGCUCUUUCUUGCUGCUUGCUGCUGCUGCUGCUGCUUCCUCAUCGCCGGGGGCCCCGCGCGCGCUGCAGCAGCUGCAGCAGCUCCGCCGGGGGAGCCGGGGGCCCCGCGGGAAGUGCCCGACGCAGCGGCGGCGGCGGCGGCCGCAGCAGAAGCUGCAGCAAUAGCAGCAGCAGCAGCAGCAGCAGCAGCAGGACCCGCCAAAGCCCUCCAAACCCCAGCCCAAGUGCCCCUUAAAGUUGUGGGCAGCCGCGUGGCCCUGGGGGUCCAAGUGGGGGGGCAGCAGCUGCUGCUGGGGCUGGACUCUUGCAAGGAGGGUUUGCGGCUGUUUGCUUCUGGUUCUUCUGCAUGCACUUCUGGCAGGCGCGGCUCCGCGCUGCAGCAGCAGCAGCAGCAGCAGCCCCUUGCUGCGGCGCAACGGCAGCAGCAAGCUGCUGCGGAGGACGCCGGCAGCCCGCGGGAAGCGCCUGCGGGAGAGCCGGCAGCGGGUGCAGCGGCGCAGCAGCAGCAGCAGGAGCAGCAGGAGCAGCAGCAGGGGGACGGCAAGGCGAAGCAGCGCAAGCAGCUAGCGAAGCAGCAGCAGCAGCAGCAAGACUGCUACAGCCCCGAUGCCUCAAACAGCAGCACUUGGUGCCUCAACUGGCACGAAGUUUGUACCCCUUUUUCAGAGUCUCCUUUUAGCUGCCGGGCUUCGAAGCAGCACGACCCCCAAUAUGCUGCUCGCUAUAAGCAAAUUGUCGACGGCAUUUUUGUUUCUGAAGUUCGCCUCGAGGGGUACGACACGGUGGAGCUGGUGCCGACCCACGUGGGGGGCCCCCCAGGGGGGCCCCCCGGGGGCCCCCCCCCACCAGGGGCCCCCCGAGAGGGUACUGCAGAGAUGAGUAUCCCUUCUUUCUUCUCUCUCCGCCUCAGCAAGUUUCCGGUGAAGUUGGUGUUGGAAAGAGACACGGACUUCGACGCUUAUGAAGGUCUUGACGGAGUUUGGGGAAUUGCAGGGCCGGACCUCUGCUGCCGCGAAGCUUCGUUGUGGAAUUUGCUUCUGGAGCCGGCGGUGAAGGGCGUGGGACUGGACAUAAACUUGCCGCCGCCGCGUGCUGCUGCUGCUGCUGCUGCUGCUGCUGCUGUUGCUGCGCCUGCAGCAGAGGCCCCGCCGGAGCCGGGGCCCCCCGCCGAGGUGCCUUCUUUCAUUUAUUUUUCCCAAGAGGCCCGCAGCAUUUUCGGAGAAAUGGAGUGGGCGCAGCGCAUGCAAACGGGGGCUGCUGGAGUGGACGCUUUGAUGCAUUUCACAACUUUCGACUGGAAACUCUGCGGCGAGCAAGUGGGACAUCCUCUUUCGCGAUCUUGGGAAGCAAUUGUGGACUUGAGCUCGGAGUGCCUGGUGGUGCCGCCGCCCAUGUGGAAAAGUCUGCGCGCUUGGCUGCCGCUGGACGUGGAACAUGAACUUUGCAAAGACCCUGAGGCUGAAGAAGACUCUUUGAAUGCACACAUAUCUCGCCCAGUGUCGUUGCAAGGAGAAGCGGGAGAGAAGACCUACAGACGCACUUGCCCGCUGCUGCAGCGACCCAACAGCCGGCCGCUUCCUUCUCUGUCUUUCUCUUUGACUCAAACCCAAAGUGACCCCCCCAGGCUCCAAAUUCCCCUUGAAAAACUUGUCAUUCAUGAAGAGGGAAUAGGAGAUGUCCUCUGCGUCGUGCCGCAGCCCUUCCUUUCCAUGGGCGCUGACCAGUGGCGGCAGAUCCGAUUCGGCACCAGAGUUCUCUCCUUAUUCAAGUUGGUGAUGGAUCGCGACAACUGGCGAGUGGGACUUCAGGAAAAGCACGCGGAGCCGGCCAACGACGUUGCCUGCGCAGCCCGCGCAGUCUGCAGAGGAGACCAGGUCUAUGUGCCCUACACUAACAGGUGUGCGGAUCCUGACUGCAGUGUGAAGAUUCUGUUUGAAAUGAAUCCUGAAACAAAAGUCUGUGAACUGGCGUGGUGGGUUCCGGGUGCGGUGGUGGCCGCAAUUGCAGCUCUUGUCACACUAGAGCUUUACGUGCUUCACCUGCGCAGCAGGGUUGUGGCUGAAGCUUGCUCUGGGAGGCGCUGA